CGCAAUUCAAAAUGGCGACCAUCAACAGAGUCUUAGCUUUGAUGCCUUCGAAUUCAAGAACUUUCCUCAAGAUAACGCCAGGAGUCUAUGCUUCGUCAUGCAGUUGUUUCCUAUUAAGAAGAUCCUCUAGUUCUCUGUCUGCAGAUAAGAAAUCCCUCAUAGCCGAGGGACCAAGUCUGGGAGAAUUUAUAUCAGGAGAGGUUAUUCCACAGGAAAAUCCCUACAAGAGAAAGAAAGGACAACGACUACGUCUACCACCAUGGCUCAAAAGGGAAAUACCCACUGGUAAAAAUUACCAUAAACUCAAAGAAACACUAAGAGAGUUGAACUUAUCUACUGUGUGUGAAGAGGCUAAAUGCCCGAAUAUUGGUGAAUGCUGGGGUGGAGGAGAGAGUGAAACAGCUACUGCAACUAUUAUGAUACUUGGUGACCAGUGCACAAGAGGUUGUAGAUUCUGUUCUGUGAAAACCAACAAGAAACCUCCUCCGCCAGAUCCUAUGGAGCCUGCUAAUACAGCAGAGGCAAUCAGUCGCUGGGGUUUAGACUACAUAGUCAUCACCUCUGUAGACAGAGAUGAUUUGCCAGAUGGUGGAGCUGCCCAUUUUUCAGAGACAGUAACAGAAAUCAAGAAAAGAAAUCCAGGCAUACUUGUAGAAUGCUUGACUGGUGAUUUCCGAGGUGAUCUAAAAGGUGUAGAAGCUGUGGUAAAAUCAGGACUGGAUGUUUAUGCUCACAAUGUGGAGACAGUGGAUAGGCUGCAGUUGCUUGUGCGUGACCCAAGAGCAAACUACAAACAGUCCCUUGAGGUACUAAGACAUGUUAAGAGAACUGAGCCAUACAUGGUGACUAAAAGCUCUUUGAUGCUGGGUCUCGGUGAAACUGAUGAAGAAGUUCUACAAGCCUUGAAAGAUCUCCGUGAAGCUAAAGUAGAUUGCGUGACACUAGGACAGUACAUGCAACCAACGAGGCUUCAUCUAAAGGUCACGGAGUACAUCACUCCUGAGAAGUUCAAGCAUUGGGAGUUGGUUGGUAAUGAGCUGGGGUUUGCGUACACUGCCAGUGGACCGCUUGUACGAUCCUCAUACAGAGCAGGUGAAUUCUUCCUGACAAACUUGCUGAAAACUCGAAAAGGAAACACAGAUGGCUAACACUAAACAGAAAUGAAAACUAGCAAGUGGAAGGUGGUACACCUAUUUUCCUGCAUGUUUACCGAAUUAUACUUUGCGAGAGACCAAUAUGGAUGGAACUCGCGUCGCUCAGGGACUCACCCAGAUACACGGAGUGAAUGAACUUUGCUCAGUCCGGGAAAUUCGGACUUUGGCAGCAAAAGUAAUUAAUAUGAAAACUACAGUGUGUCUCGUUUGAAUCUUUUUUUUUAAUCAAUAUCACUGAGAGAUGUCAAUGUUUGAACAUUAUUGGAAGAGAUUGAAUCACAAACAUUAUCGAUCCGAUCCAAUAAGAAGCCCUCUAAUAGUGGACAAACCCCAAAGUAGAGCCUUUUUGCUGUCUACGUAACACCUAAGUACCAUCUGCACAAAGCGUACCAGGCUCUCGAAAGAUACAUCAUCGAUGCUAUCCAACAUUGAACACUUUCCUAAUGAACAUACAACCCAAAACUGGGGUAAAGAGUAGAUGGUGCUCCAGCUCAUCUUUGAGUUCACAAAAAUGCACUAAAUCCAAUCGCAUCGGAACAAAAUCACCAAACACACUUCAGAACCCAACAAAAACUUAACUUAGGUAAUAACGUGAUUUCGAGUGUAACUUUGAGUUAAUAAGCACGGGUAAAUCUUGAAAAGGCAACAAAAUUUAACGAGCCCGUUGGGGGAGUGCAACUUGUAAUCUUUUAAAAAAAUUUUAAAUCGUGAUGUUACUUGUUAAUAGUUAAUAUGUAAAAAGCGUCACAGAAAGUCAAGUGAGACGAAAUUUUGACAGCGCGCGCUGUCGUAUGUUAUUUGCACUCGUUUUUCAACACUGUACUCGCGUUACAUGAAAAAUUCAUUCGUUCUUAGCUAAUCUGAAGCGAGUCAAGUUUUUCUUGUAUAUUAUUAGAGAAGUAAUAUUACGAUCAAAAGAUGAAUGGCAUUCUGGGAUAUAAAACUGUUUUCAACGAAUUAGAAGCAUUGAAUGUAUUUUUCGUAGCAUAUAAAAGAUUAUUUAAUAUUUCUACGGCUAAUCAUGCUGUAGAUGGCUAAAAAUUACACAACGAAGGUUUUGGCCAUAUUUAACAUUUCUUAAAAGACAUGCUUUUUACGUUGUUUGUUAUUUUGUGUUACAUCAAGAAAUUUAAACAAUAUACCUGUUUCUUUUCAACUCGUCAAGAUCUGUACUAAAAUACGAUCCUAAAAGUUUGCAGCCGAUAGAUAUUCCUUAACAGAUUAAAGAAUACCGAGCUUGAGAAACAAGUGUUCCAUAAGAGACUUAACGAACUGCUUUGAAUAAACUAGACAAGUUUUAACGUCA